AUCUAAAAUGGAGCAAAGAGAGAGAAGCAAAAGCAAGGGCAGGAAGAAGAAGUCAAAGAAGCAGAAAGAAGAACAAAAGGAAGAACAAAAAUCUAUUCAAGAGGAGCAGUCUCAAGAAAAACAUCAGGAAGAAGAAGACGAAAUGGAUGGACCUCUUCCUGUCGAAAAUCUUGUUGAGAAAGGAAUAGGCCAAGCUGAUAUUAAAUAAGCUGAAAGAUGCAGGGUUCAAUACAGUGGAGAGCAUCCUCUUCACUCCUCUCAAAAACCUUAUAUCAAUCAAAGGACUUUCAGAGAAUAAAAUUGAGAAAAUAAUGACUGCUUGCCAGUCUUUGAGAGAGUGCGGGUUCCAAAACGCAUUCCAAUAUUUCCAAAAAUAGGAAAGAGAUAGUUUUUAUCAGAACAGGAUCCAAAAAUUUAGAUGAACUCCUUGGGGGAGGAAUGGAGUCUGGAUCAAUCACAGAGCUCUUUGGAGAAUUUCGAACAGGAAAAACCCAACUAUGAUCUACUUUAUGAGUCACCUCUCAACUAGCAGUAGAAGAUGGAGGAGGUCAAGGAAUGGUAAUGUACAUAGAUACAGAAGGAACCUUCCGCCCAGAGAGAGUUGCUGAUAUUGCAAAAGCAUAUGAGAUGGAUGAGCAACAAGUACUGAAUAACAUUGCUUAUGCUAGAGCCUACACAACGGAUCAACAGAACACUUUACUAAGACAAGCAGCAGCCUUAAUGAUUGAGAACAAGUUCUCAUGCCUAAUAGUAGACAGUGCUACUGCUCUUUAUAGAACAGAUUAUAGUGGGAGGGGAGAACUUAGCUCCAGACAGAUGCAUCUGGCCAAGUUCUUAAGAAUGCUCCAGAGAAUUGCCGAUGAGUUUGGAGUAGCAGUCGUCAUUACCAACCAAGUGGUUGCCAAUGUUGAUGGGGCUUCAAUGUUUGGAGGAGAUAAUAAGAAGCCAAUCGGAGGUCAUAUUAUGGCUCAUGCCUGACAGACCAGGCUUUAUCUAAGAAAAGGCAGAGCUGAGCAGAGGAUAUGUAAAAUAUACGAUUCUCCGUCCUUGCCAGAAGGAGAAGCUACUUUUGCUAUCACAGAAGAUGGGAUAAAAGACCCAGAGUAAAUAUUGUUUCAACAUCACAAACAA